GGGACAAAACGCUUGUUCACUUGUUGUGGUGAGUAGAAAAUUUACACCGUUAAAAAUAUCCAAGAGGGUAAUUUCACGAGAAAUAUAUUUAACUCACUAAAUUCUUGCUGGCCGCUUUGAACCUGAUUUCCAAACAUGUCUCGCAGUGUUGAGGCAAGAUGAGAAAGUUUUGUUUUUCAAAUUCCUUUGGAAUGAAUUAGAAAUCCCGGAUAAAAUUUUCUUAAUGAAAAGAAACUUUGUUGUGGUUAGCCGUAAACGGCACGCGACCUCCAAAUUGAAAACGUCAACGAAGGCCUGUGGAAUUCGCUUGAAGAGCUGGUACAGUUUUUUGUAUUUUAUUGCAAUUCAAACUCGAUUAAGUUAACACAUAGCAAAGAUUUCCAUCUGAGAGCUCAUUCUUCUAUUGAAAAUCAACAUCUCUAAGUUUUUAUUCACUGGAAUGAAGCAUCUUCUUUGCUUCUGUUAUUCUUGUCCUGUUGCGCAAAUCUUUGAUGCGUCAAGUCUGUCUAGGGUCCCAGACUCCCUGAAAUGUUGGCAUCCUGGCCAAAAUUUGUCGAUCAGUAUACGACUAUCUGUUCAAACUUUCUUGUAAAUCUAAGUGUCAAGUUGAUAAAUAUUGUUGGCCCUCCAGUCGGCGAGACAGCGUCAAUAAAGGUCUCUUAAGACUUCAACUGUAUUAUCUAGAGUAUAAAUAAUCAGUUUGUUUGUUUUGUAAGGAAAAUUUUAAAAUGGCAAAUCAAAAUAUUUCAGAAUGGCAAAUCAAAAUCUUGUUAUGGCCAUGAAUUUGAAGGGCAGUAUUACUGAAAAAUACAUUAACCAACCACAACAUGAAGGUAAAUUGGAAUAGUUUUUGUCUCAAUAUCAUAGCAAAACAGUAGUUAAAGAACAUUGGUUGUGGAAUCUCCAACAAUGUGUGGGCAGGUGCCAGCAGACUUGUUCAUGACAUGAGUGACUGGGUUGCUAUUUUAGGAAACCUAACGACUCUUUUAAUAGAUCAGCUACAUGUAAUUAUAGGAACGACUCAUUUCUAAUCUAUUAUGGGACCCUUUGAUGUGAUCAUUUGUUGGUGCAAAGACCUCUUUGAAUAAAACAAUUCAUUAGUUCUAGCCAAGCAAAACAUAAAAUUAAACUAUUUGAUCUUUGCAGAAGAGAGUGCGAAUUUACAGUGUAUGCUUUUCAGCUCAUCUUAGCAUAUAAUUUUAAAUUUUAAACAUGUAAGAGUGCUUGUAAGAGGUUUUACAUUGUUAAGUAAAGGAAAUCUAUUGAUCUAGUACUUUUAGACUUGCACUGGUUUGUACUGUACCAGCUCAUACAAAACUUCCCUUAAGUUUAACCCAAGUAUUUUCAUACACCCAAAGUAAUUUCUUUUAGACUUGUACCACUGGCACUGUUGUUGUUGUUGCUUGGUGAAGAACAAAGUCUAUUUUUGCUUUUUGAUUCACUCCAUAGAGUUGAGUGAUUAUUCUGUAAUGGAUUUUUGAUUUACUCAAACAUAACGAGAAAAAAGGUGGCAAAAAUUGUUGACUUUUGUAGCAGUAAUUUCUAAGAACAGAAAUAUGUACCUUUCCUUACUCAGUGAUAAAUAUUCAGGUCACUUCACUUUCAAGUUGUAUUUAUUAUUAAUUCUCUUGUCAGUGGUUAAUUUCCUCCCAAUAAUCCGUGAGUAAUGUUUUUCUGCACAGUCACUGAGCCUAGUUUGGUGGUUUUACUACUUAUUAAUAUUAAAUAUUAAAUAUUAAAUACUAAAAUGAAAGUUUAAGUUGUAGGUCGUUGCCAUUCUUCAACAUUUUCUCCCUCACCCUCCAUAAGGUGGACAUGUGUAUCCCAAUGAAUGGUUAACAGUGUUACUAAUGAAGACCUGAAGAAAUAUCAUUUGUCUUAUGACAUAACAAAAAAAAAGCCAGGGCUCUGAUAGGUCUUGAAAUUACCCGUUCACUAUUUGCCCACCCUAGCUGAUGAUGACAGCUAGGGUGUGCUCAAAGUCAUAUGCACCACCUUUGAUUCUACAUGACUACAUUUUUUUACCUCAGCGUUUGCACUGAAAGACUUUUCUCUUAAUACUGAAAGAAAGUUUACAAAGACCGUUAGCAAUAACAUACAAUUGAGAUGGAGAACCAGUUAUUUGGCAAAACAAUUUUUUCGAAAGAAUAGAAUUUGGAAAGAAUCAUGUGCACACCCCAUAGUGCAAGCAGAUUGCCAUAACACACAUCGAUCAUUCCCCUGCUAUCUGUGAGCAACAUUAAAAAUUGUCCUUUUUUGAUUAUACAAAUGCUAAACGGCUCAGUGUGUACUAUCAAAAUCUACUUGCACUUAGGUGGAUUGCUAAACACUUAAGAAGCCAGAGUUACACUCGGCCAUCACUUUGAAUUGAGCGACUCUUACACUUCUUUUGUACUCAGAAACCUCCUGCAUGCAACUUUGACUCAAUAGUACAUGCUGAGCUGUUUACCAUUUGUUAAUUUUGCCAUGUGGGUUUGAUACAAUCCAUACCACCUAAGUUUUAUCACAGAUCAGUGAAUUGUUCUGUGAACCUCUCUUCCAGAGUGGAUCCAUUUAAAAUGGCUCCUGGUAGCAGUUCUAGAAGAGCUGAUGAUGAGGAUGGGGGUAGAGAAGAAAGGCCAACACUUCAGAGAGCCAGCAGUGUUGAUGAAGUAUCAGGCCAGGCACCAGCUGUUGUCAGUACCUUUCUGAGUGAGUGCUUCCGAGCUGAUGGCUUACCUGUUCCACAAGAACUCAGCGAGAAUCAGAAGAAAAUUAACAAAGACGUGGCACAUGUCAUACGGGAUAUUGGCGAUCGCUUGUCCAAUGAUACAUCCCUCAAUAAUCUGAUAUCUCAGGUGCAAGUUUCAAAAGACACUGCCUUUGAUACCUUUCUUCAGGUUGCAGCACAGAUAUUUAGUGAUGGCAAAGUGAACUGGGGUAGAAUAGUGACACUGUUCUACUUUGGCUAUAAAUUAGCUGUACAGGUGAUUAAUGAAAUCCCGCUUAUCAAAAUGAUCAUCGAGUGGGUUGUACAGUUUAUUAAAGACAGACUUGCAAAGUGGAUCUUUGAGCAAGGAGGAUGGGUAAGGAUCUUCUUUCUUUACAUUGUAUACCAUGAACUGCCGCUUUUAAGCCCUAGGCUCAUACAUAAAAUUAUUUGUAAGGGGUUUUAUUAGCCAUGUGGCUUUAUAAAUGGAGGGUCUUGUAUCCUAGGAGGGCUUGUAGCCAGAAUGGAAAAAGCACUUUGAAAUAAGCUAUAGCGAUGCUAAUCAAAAUACGUUUUUCAUGGACUGGUUUUUAAUUAAGCUGCAAAAGGUCUAGGCUCGAUUACCAGCCGCUGUUCGGGAAAAUGAGCCCACACUCAUCCCCCGAAAGAGCGGCUGGACGCGUGCGAUUUCCUUUGUUGGUUUAAGCCAAUCAUGUUACCGCCUGCAGAUUUUCGUCUGGCAAAGAUUGUCGCAGAAAUUACCACAUCAAAACAGAAAGUCCUUUCUUCCCUGCAUCCUUGAUCCAUCGCGUGGCGAGGCGAUUUCGACGGCGCGGAGACAUAGGCGAAAUUCUAGAGUCCGAAGGAAAACAACGUUUUGUGUGAUUGUUUGUUGUGAAUGAUUGUGGUUGGAGAGAUUUUGCAUCGUCAAGGAUCUUUUCAAGGUGCUUUAGGUCUCGAUAACUGCGUUCGUUACAGAUGUAACCGUCCAUGUUUAUAUUUGACAGAGGAACAUUCAAUACGCUGGAAAUUCUGUCUGGUAAAUCAGAAACUUUUGCAUUUAAUUUGCUCCGCUUCCAAGAAUCAGUCAGUUCGGACCCACCGAAGACGUAACCAAUAUUCGAAGAUCAAAGAAAAUUAACUACAUGUCGCCAUGUACAGAAAUGUACCGAAGAAUCUUUUUCAAAAUGUAGGGAAAUGUACUGAAAAAACUAUUUCGAAAGUCAUUUGGGUGGGUAAGGGAACGCUUGACGUAAUUUUGAGCCAAAUAAAUAAGAAAAUUGGAGACCAGUUUCACUUCCAGUGAUAUCGGAGACGCGUAAAUUAUCAAUUUUCCAAUUAUGUCACAGACAAGGUCAGCGGGUCACGCGUCCAGCCGUCUCUCUUCGGGGAGGAUCAAAGACCGGACCCGGGAGACGGUGGAAAUCGAGCCUACAAAAGGUCAUAAAUCAAAUUCAUUUCUGUACAUUUGGAACACAGUUGAAAGGGACUUAACCUUAUAUCUGGGGGGCUGAUAAAUCGGAUGUAUUUUUUGUUUACAGAUAGAUAGGCUUAUAACUUGGUGAGCUUAUAAGUGGCAGGAUAUUUUUUUGGGGGGGGAGGGGGGAGGUGGGAGCAAUGGGGCUCUCAAGGAUGGAAUGCCAACAAAACUGCUAAAAAUAUCUUUGGUAUGAAAAUAGGGUGAUCACCAUGCGUGGAACUUAAUUGACAACAUUUCUAAUAAAAAAGUAUUGAUUAGGGUUGUAUGCAAGGAAAUUAUAAUGGCUGCUAAUGUGCAACAGUGGCCCGUAACGAUCUUCAGAGUAUGUUAUGCAAAUUGCAUGGCAAAUGUGACACUUGUGUGGGGGGAGGCUUGUACAGUUAAGCAGAUACCCUACUUCAAACUUCAAGUUUGACCAGCUACAUUUAAAGUCAAGCUUGUUCAGUACAGUCAGCUCUCUCCGAGAUGGACACCUUUGGGACUGGCACUAAGUGUCCAUCUUAGAGAGGUGUCCGUCUUAUAAAAGGGAGUAAAGAAAGGCAGGGACCAACUCUAGGUGUCCGUUAAGAGAGAGUUGACUGUAUCUUUUCUGCAAUUAUUUACUAACCAGUAUUUUAUUUCUUUGUAGGAGUCUGUCGUUGAGUACUUCCAGGAGCUACGAAAGAAACAUGACCUUCAAGUCUAUUUUGUUUUUGGGUGUAUUUGUGCUCUUGGUGUUAUGCUUCUUUGGCGCAGACAAUAACUAUCAGAAGUUGCCAUCAUUAAUACCCUGCUGGUAGUUUGUAAUAUAAUGCUGGAAUAUCUGCAAGUCUUUAAAAGGCAAUGCAGGCUUACUGAAGCGGUGAAUCAACAGACAAUAAUGUGAAAGGCAAAUGGACAUAGUUGGAUGGAAAAAUGCCCAGCACUUUCAUAGACAAUGAUGAAUAAAGCUUGUAUAUGUGAGAUUGCUAAGUGCUUAACUAAACUUGUUUUAUUCUUAGGUUUCCUGCAUGUUUGAUAAUAUUAAAAGCUAUACGUAACAGGAUAAACAGCUGCUCAGAAUUUUCUUUCUGUUUUUUUUUCUAUUCUUUUAGCAGGGGUAGCAGGAUAUAGAGGAUAUUAUAUGACUGUGCCGAGAUACAGAAAUUUUCGCUGCAAGUUUUGAAAAGUUUUUUACUAGUUUGUUGCACUCUCACUCGUGAAUAAAUAUUUUUUUCAACGUGAGAAGAGAAAUUUUGUCUCUCCAAGGAGCCAUUUGUUAUGUUCUAUUUAUGAUACAAACACCAAUUUCACUUAAAUACUUUUUUGUUGUGAAAUUGUGAUCUUUUUACAUGUGAAGAUAACGUGUUAUUUUCACGUAUGAAAAUGUGUGACCUCUCACGCGAUAACGUUCCGAACGCUAGCUGUUCGAACGCUGAACGGAACGGCAAGCGAACGGGCAACGAACGGUUAGGCAAGCCGUUCGAAACAGAUACCGUAAAUGGAUGAACGGCUAAUUAAGAUUUUCGAACGGAUGAGGUCGAACGGAUAAACGGCUUCUUUCACUGGUAUUUUACUGAAACACCAAUUUCACCAAACCAUUUUACUUAAAUAUUUUUUUGCAGUGAAUUUAAGACAUGAUCUUUUUAUGUGUGAAGAUAACAUGUUAUUUUCGUGUAUGAAGAUGUCGUUUUGACUUGUAAGCUCAGAUCAUCUGGUAUUUUAUUAGUGUUAUACAACCCUCCAAGUUAAAUUUUUUGCUCAGUCGCCAUUUGGCAACCAACUCUUUUGAUUUAGGGAGUCGUUUUUACAAGUCAAGUCGCCAGCUCCAAAAUUUAAGGUGCCAUGGCAGGCAAAAUGAUCACAACUUGGAGAGUUGUUUAUAAUUAUGGUAAGUGCAAAAGACAUGUAACAUGAAGACAUGGUUAAAAUGGUUGAACAUUUUAUUCAUUCUCUCCAGCUUUGCUUUUCCGUGGUAUGAGAAAUAAUUUUGUUUUCGAUACAUUUAAACUUCCAAGCUUCUCAUCAGUGACCACCUAAUAUCCAAUAUACUAUCUUUUUCCGAGCAAAUUUUAUGGAGAAAAUUCAGUUCUGUACUUGAGUGACAGAAAUUUCUCUGAACAGUGUAAAUGUGUAAGGCAACACAAGGCGUGGGUGCUAAUUCGUGACUUACUUUAAAACCACUGUAACACUAAAGACAUGAAGUGUCUUGCAUGCAAACAAAUUCAUGUGAAAAUGAUAUUAUUAGCCACGUGAAAAUAGUUUGCCAAUUUAUUUUUCAGUAACUCCAUUUUGUUGAAAAGUUUGGCACUAACAAUUUCUCAUGUAUACAAGCAUUCUUAUGAAAACACCUCAAUCCUUUUCGGCUGAAAGUUCCUUAGGGUGCAGUUGACUGUAAAUUUCAAUCUACCCCUGUAAAGAUUGGUAUCAGAGAACCCUCUCCACCCUGCAGAACCUCCCCUACCUUCCCCAAGGUCCAGAACCUCCCCUACCCUCCCCACCCUGCAGAACCUUCCCUGAGCAAACAUAAACAGUGCUUGGGUUUCUACAAGGCCAUUGGAAUCACUUUCUACCUACCCAUUGCUUUUGUGUGUGGUGUGUACUUUCACACCCUAAAUUAUAAUUUAUUUUAAAUGUUAUGGCCAUUUCCAUCCAGUGAAAAAAUUUAAAAAUGUGAAAAAAUGUUACUAUCUUUCAUGAGAGUAAAAUUAAUCCUAUUAUUAUUGUUGAUUAAAUUUGCUUUACUAAAAUGUGACG